AAAUCCGAUUAUAUCACGAGGAACUUGGAUAUUAUUCGGUAUUGAGAAAUUUUGUUCUAUAAAAUCUGCAUAAAAUCAAACAGGUGAAUAAAGCUUAGCGCGGGAUCGAUCCAAUCAGCGGUUUUCGAAGUCGCGAUAUGUCAGUCGUAGCAGAGAUAUAAUAUUGGCGGCUUAAGAAGGGCAGCCAAUUAGAAAAGUUGGUGAAUAUCGUCGGUCGGUACUUAGGCGCGUGUGUUUGUCGAGUGCAUAUAGGUGACGGUCGCGAAAUAUAGUCGCAGCCAUCUUAUAUUUUGUGUCGGAGAAAAACAAUUUGGCCGUACAAAUGUUUCGCGAUUGUCCGUGAAGCCGCUCGAGAACGGGAGGCGUGCGCUCGAUGAGGCGUGACGUUUUUCGACCCUAGCCCAAGACUACUACAUUAGCAAAGGUGGAUUGGUACGCGGGAUAUGAGCAGCUUGUCAAGCGCAACCUGACUCUGCUCCCCCAUCAAGAAGCAGCGCAGCAGCAGGAGCCACAAUCGCAACAGCUGGCUCAGCCGCAGCAGACCGACAUAAUGACAUCCAUGUUCGAACAACAAAUCAAAAGCGAGCCUAUGGGCUUCUAUUCUGUUGCUUCGAGUCGUUCGGAUGGUUCCAAUUCCAUGGUGAAUUUAUCCGAUGACAGAGAGGACCUUUCUCAGCAGGAAGGUCAUCUGCAGCCACAGCAGCAAACGUCGCUACAAAUAAGCCAGCAACAGGGUCAGCAACAAACUCAGCAAAGUCAACAGGCACAGCAGGGACAGCAAAGUCAAAGUGUGCAACAGGAGACUCCGAGCCGUCAGUCAACGGGACAACAAACUGUUAAAGAGGGUUCAAGGUCGAGACCACAGCCCUGCAAAGUAUGCGGCAAGGUGCUAUCUUCCGCUUCAUCGUAUUAUGUACAUAUGAAACUUCACUCGGGCAACAAACCAUAUCAUUGUACAGUAUGCGAAGCCAGUUUUUGCCGUAAACCAUAUUUAGAAGUGCACAUGAGGACGCAUACAGGAGAACGACCCUUCCAAUGCGAGCUGUGUUUGAAAAGGUUUACGCAGAAGAGUAGUCUCAAUACUCACAAGCGGGUGCACACAGGAGAAAGACCGUACGCCUGCGAUAUAUGUCAAAAACGUUUUGCAGUAAAGAGCUACGUGACGGCACACCGUUGGAGUCACGUUGCCGAAAAGCCUUUGGUGUGCGACAGAUGUUCUCUUACGUUCACGUCCAAGAGUCAGUUUGCAAUUCACAUUCGUACCCAUACUGCAAGUACAACGUACGAGUGCAACAUCUGUGGACGUACGUUUGUACGUGAUAGUUAUCUCAUACGACAUCAAAAUCGAGUACACCGUGAUAUGAAUCAAAGCAAUACAAAUCACAAUCCACCGACACCGCAGAGUACUGGUGGUGGUACGCCGGGCACAGGUUUCGAGAGCCCUGUUUGUGAUCUACGCUACAGUGAAGGACCGUCUUCGUUGGAUGGUUUGGCAGGUUCCAAAGGAGGCAUCGCAGCAGAGAUUGCAAGUCUAGCGAAGCAAAACAAUCUUCAACUUCCUCUACCGCUGCUACAUCCGCAGACCACCAACUAGUGUUUAGAUGGCAGUAUGUCUGAGUCCUUACCGCAACACCAGUCACCGCAGCAAGUAGUAUGUCCCACCUCGGCGUCUUCGCCAUUCACACUUAAUUCACCUGUGUCUCACGAGCACACACCAUCGCAGAGUGUCUACCAAACGACGGGCUCUUCCAGUUCCUUGGAUAGCCUCAACUCCCAACUCUACCCGCAAAUGUCAUCCCCUAUAGAAUCAUCAGAGUCGCAUCAUCAUUCGCAUCAACUGCAUCGCGGCAUUCCUCCACCAGGGCUUCACCCUGCACUAUAUUUGUACGCUCAGUACUCGAAUACGAGCCCUACGAUCUCGUACACCGAAUAUAUUCAACGCAACAAUUGAUAAUGCCAGUUUAUGCCAGCAAUGACGAUUUUUACCACGAACGUAGCGACGUCAGCGUUCUAACGCGGGCUCUUCGAUCGCGUGUCAUAUUUAAUGGUGCUGGUUGAACAAAGUGCCUAAAGAGCAUCCGCUUUCUGGAUCGCGAUGGAUGCUUAACCCCAAUCGUGGAUUGAUAAUACUAAACAAUUUUUACGCACCGAUCUUGUUUCAAUUUUUUAGAAAGGAACAGAAGAGAAUGGAAAAUCAAUUGUACAUUGAUUGCCAUUUUGCACGUAUUCGGUCAGCCCUCGGUCCAUAUAAUGGAUCGCUACGUUGACGAGCGUAUAUUUUAACGAGAAUUAAACAGGGAUGGGCAAAAUUCUUAUCUGGAUGAAAAGUUCGAAUAACGAAUAAAAGAUGAAACACAUUUUUAUUCGUUACUCGUUUAAUCAAAAUUAGUAUUUAAAUUGUAGCAUGGAAGUAUUUCACGUUGGAUAGAUAAAGAUUUACGCUAUUCAAUCGAAUAAUUUUAUUCCAAUAAAAUUUUGCCUAUUUCUGAAAUUAAAUAGCACCGUUCGAAGGGACGUACUCGAGCAGCGAUCGAUGAUUCACCUCGAUCGCUGAAUUUUCCUCGUUUUAUCGAUCUUCGUCGUGGUACAUCGAUGUUAGCAUAAACUAUCCCGAAUAACGUUUCUACACGAGUUUUCCAAGUUUCCGCACUUCUUGAUUUACCUCUUUUUCAAUCACAUUGCGAGUACAUAUACAUAUAUAUAUAUAUAUCUAUGUGUGUAUAUAUAUUAUGCGCGAACCAUUAUACGCAUAACAUAUUUAUAUUAUAUUUUUAAAGGAGUUUAGUCACUUGGAUCUGUGAUAUAGAUAGUAAUUAUUAUCUACAACGUUUAAACUAUUGGUUUACUAUUUUGAUGAUAUCAAAACGAGGAAAAAUAAGAAAGCAAUGUCACGGAGCGUAUGUAGCUGUCAGAAUUUAACGGACAUUGGUCUCUACCGAAGGUGUUUGGUAGACACCCUACUAUUACUUUUACAAACAAAACAAAAAUAAGAAUAUUACUAUUACUAACGCUGCUACUACUAUUAUUACUACAACACUAGUACUACUCUUACUAAUACUCUCACUAACAUUACCAUCACCACAACCACCACCACUGACAUUCUCCCAACUAUAUAUUAUUCUCGCUAUUAUUAUUAUCAUUAUUGCUACUACUAUAACCACUAUUAUUAUUAGAAAAAAACGCAAACGUAGCUUCAUUUUAGUAACGUCCAUAGCGCGUGUAUUGGGUAGGACCCGUGACGUAGUCACCAUGGCUUUUUUUUCAGCUUUGAUCUUAAGUUUCUUCUCUUGUCAUUUUCCUUCUCUCACGUUUCAUCUACUUCUUUCUUUCCUCAUUCUUCACCUUGCUUCAGUUCUUUCCCUACCCUUCGAGCCAGUGGCGCAACUACCAAUUCUGGGAUACUUUUAGGGGAAAGUUAACUCUAUCUUUUGAAUAUUAUAUAAUAUUAGAAAAUGGUAGAGGUAUUUUUAAUCGCGAAAGACGAACAACCAGUGAAAUUCGUAAAACAUUAUUUUACACAAUUUUACGGAACAAAACUUAUAUUUACCAAAAAAAAAAAAAAGAAUAUGGAAUUAAAAAAAAAUAAUCAAAAAUGAUUUGAUAUAUUUGUUUUGUCUCGAAAUAAAAGAUUUCUCGUGGGAAAAUUAUGGGGCUUUUCCAUACUCGCUACUUAUUACAGAGUCUGUAAUUACGAAACGUAUACGAUUAAAAAAACAAUUAGAAAUUAAUCGAUAUACAUAUUUGCUUUUCGUUCGUAUCGAAAUCGGGACUCUUAUUGUGCAGCUUUAGUUACGCCACUGCUUCGUACUAAUUCUUCGUAGCUCACCGCGUACGUAUGUAUGUAUGUACAUGAACGAUAGAAACGUUACGGUGUCGGUGUUCUUUUAUCGCGUAGGACAAUUACACGGCUUUGAAUCAGUUCCAUGGGUGUACUUACUUUUCACAUAUCGAAGUGUAUUGUACACACAGAUACAUAUUGUAUAUACGUAUACAUAUAUAUACGGAUGUAUUAUAAAAAAAAAAAAAAAAAACGACGAGCGAAUGUGCAGAUCGUGUUAGUUCUAAGUACUAGGAGUGUAAUAGCAGGGCUGUUGAUCUUUUCCUUUUUUUUUCCUUUUUUUUUAACUACCGUUAGAGCUUAGUUUUAGCGAUUAUUAUUAUUAUUAUUAUUAUUAUUAACGUUCUGAUUAAUACGAUUAUCACGAUUAUUGUUAAUCUUUUAUCACUAACGCCACGAAGCUUAGAUACAAGCGAGGGAACCAUGACAGCCGCGAAAAAGCUUUCGUUUCCUUCGGAAAUUUUUGCGUACGAUCCAGCGCGGUGUCUGUUCGUUUUCGACGAUAAAACGAAAAUAGAAGAUCGAUCGCGCGCGCGUUAAUAACGAAUCAAAACGCGACGGACGAACGUAGCGCGUGCGCGCUUCGAGUGUUUUCGAAUCAGCAGCGUUAUAGAGAUACGGCAAAAUUCGUAUACAAUUAAAAUAAAGAAGAAAAAAAAA